GCGAGGGUCGUCCAGUAGGUCCUCAAGCCACCGACCUUCUAUUAUCGGCACACUCGCCGAGUCUCUCGCCAGCGUCGAGGACAAUGGUACUUCUGUAUCCGGAUCUGGUUCUGGUGCGAGCGAAACACGACAAUAUCCCGGUAGCCUGCGCCACAAAGGCGCGCGUAAGUGGCAGACUGCGCGUGCGUACUCAGAGUCUUCUUCGGUGGAGCCAAUAAAGCGCUGGCGGAGGCCCGGUGAGACUGGCGGAGUAUCUGGCAGCUGGAACGACCCCUACCCACGACCCGUCCCAAGUCCGAGUUUGAGAAGCAGUGAGCGCGCUGGGAUGAGUGAGAGCGUUUACUCGGAUACAGAAGGGUCAAAUAACAACAUGGACGUGAGCGGGAUGAGCGCUCUCAGUUUGGGAAUAGAAGAGAUGGAGUUGGACGAACGGGACGAGUACGCCUACGAGAACAGAAGCGGGGAGGGUCAACAUCAGCCGGCCCCCUACAUGAGCCCGAUACCCGAACCUCUGAAGCUGUCAAAGGAAAAGCUCUCGUCGCCUAUAUCAGCACAGCGAACCAGCACCCACGACUCCAUGAUCCUCCCGCCCCCAGUCACCCCUCCGCCUCGAGCACAACGCAACUCAACCCUGCGCAUCCCAAGCGGCCGCAUGGAGCGCGACUCUCUCGGCAACAUUGUGCAUUACCUGUCCGCAGGCGAGACACCGACGAUCGAAGAGCUCAACUACGCCAUCGCCAUCCACAAGAGCGGCACCAUGUCGCAGAGCCGGCGCUCGCAGCAUGCCCGCUCGGGCUCGACGCCGCACCUGCCCCCGCCGACGCCGACGCGCCUCUCGCAGGCCAGCACUGUGCGCGCAUCCCGUCUCAGCCCUUCCCGCCUAUCUCGCCUCUCCUCUGCCGUCCGCCAGCAGCUCGCAGCGCAGGCCGCCGGCACCAGCGUCAUCAACCGCGGACAUCCACGUGCGAGCGCCCGCUUUAGCAGCAACGGUGGCGGUAGUGGUGGUGGCAGCGGUAACAACGCCUCCGCGGCGAAGCCGCCUAGCAGGACACCCCUCGCUACCAUCAGCAGCAGCAACGUGAACCUGCAGAACGCGGGGCUGGGCAGCGCAGCCACGACGGGCGCGAAGCUGGUCGGGGCGCCUAAGGGGAAGCGGCCUAUUAGCGUGGAGCGGACGGGUCGGUGGAGCAGCCUGCGCGGAGUGAAGGAGGGGAUGCCGGCGCAGAAUGAGGGGAGCCAGUCGGUGCUGGGGACGAGCCCUGUUAGAGGGAAUGAGGCGUUUUUGUAGGUUGUGAUGAAUGUUGGGAGCGGCGAUGAGUGGUUUGCUAGAGGGAGUUAGGGUGUGUGGGGAGGGCGUUGGGUAAUGGGUAAGUGUGUUUGGCGUUGACUGGGAUAGGGAGUUGUGGUGGUAGGUAGUAAUGAGAGUGGUCCUCUGCAGGAUGAUGGGUGUCUUCUCGUGAUUGGUGAUGAUUGAUGUAGAUGUGGGCUGGAAUGCAGAAAAGCUUAAAGGAGCUGCUGACCUCAUGAGUGCUAGAUGGCUUUGGGAGACACUCACUUGACAUGCUUUUGCCUGACCGCGGCCUUUUGAGCGCAAACCCAAAUAUCUUUCCAGUGCCUCUUUGCACAUACAGUACAUGCGCCACUCACUUAGCAUACACCUCCAUAGGCCCAUCUUCAGUUUCUCUUCGUUCAGACCCUUUUUUUUUUUUUUUUUUUUUUUU